AUGGUACAAAGUACAGUACCACAAGGUGGUAUGAUGAUGUACGAAAUUUCAACUAGACCAUGGAUGUAUAAUCUUUCAGUUACUUAUAACAAACCUAUUAAUAGUAUUGCUGAUAUUCCAUUCCAAGAAUUUCAAAAAAUUAAAGAUAUGGGAUUUGAUAUGAUUUGGAUGAUGGGUGUUUGGGAAUUAGGUGAAUAUGGUAUUAAUUAUGAUCAAACCAACGGACCAUUAUUACAACAUUAUGCCCAAGUUUUACCAGGUUAUACACAAGCAGAUAUUAUUGGUUCACCAUAUGCUGUCACCAAUUAUUCAGUUAAUCCACAAGUUGGUCUCGAACAAGAUUUAGUUAAUUUAAGAAAACAACUUAAUGCUAUUGGUUUAUUAUUAAUGUUAGAUUUUGUUCCAAAUCACACUGCUGUUGAUUGUCCAUGGACUAGCUCAGAUAUAGAUUAUUAUAUUCGUGCACCAGAAGGAACACCAACUCCAUAUGAUAACAACACCUAUCUUCCAAAUGGUAUUGCCUACGGUAGUGCUGGUUGGGGUGGCUCUUGGUUUGAUACUGCUCAAUUAAAUUAUUGGAACCCAGUGUUAAUUAAACAAAGAAUUCAACAGUUAUUAACUGUUGCAUCAUUUGCUGAUGGUAUUAGAUGUGAUAUGGCCUAUUUAUUAUUAAAUUCAUUAUUUGGAUCUAAUUGGCAAUCACAAUUAUCAUCAUGGGGAUUCCAACAACCAGAACAAGAGUUUUGGGAAAUUGCAAUUCAAAUUGUUAAAGAAUCAUAUCCAAAUGUUAUCUUUUUAGCAGAAGUUUAUCACCCAUAUGAAGAAAAUCUUCAACAAGUUGGCUUUGAUUAUACUUACGACAAAAUGCUUCACGAUAUUCUUAAUGGUGGUGAUAUGAACGCCGUUAGAGCAUGGAUUUCAGGUCAUUCAAAACAAUUCACUACUCAUUCAGCUCACUUUAUUGCUAAUCAUGACGAACCAAGAGGUGCUUCAUUCUUUGGUAGCUGGUGGAGAUCCAAUGCCGCUGCUUUAAUUACUUACACAUUACCAGGUCUUCGUUUCUUCUGGUGGGGUGAUUUCGAAGGUUACUCAAAUCAAUUAGAUGUUCAUUUAAGACGUGAAGAAUCUGAACCAGCUAUUGGUGAUGCCAUGGCUUUCUACAAUACUUUUACCUCAAUUGUAAGCGACCCAGUUUUCAAAUUUGGUGAAUUCACUUAUUUAAAUUGUACAAACGAUCAAGAAAGUUGGAAUCUUGUUGCCUAUAAAUGGACCUAUCAAAACGAAAAAAGACUUUGUGUAUUAAACUUUUCAGAUCAACAAGGCACUGGUACUAUCAUCCUUGAUGAUGCCGAACCAGCCAAUGGUAAUGACACAAUUCCAGUUACCGAUUUACUUUCAGGUACUACUUAUUAUCGUUCAUCUGAACAAAUGAGAACCUCUGGUCUCUAUGUUGUUAUUAACUCCUGGUAUGGUCAAAUUUUCAAGUAUUAA